GUCUCUAAACCCCUAAACCCAAGGAAAGGGAGGUUCGCCGGCCGAUAACCAAGAAGAGAGAGGGAGCGGGAGGGAGCACGAUGAUGCAGAAAUGGCGUGUCGCCGCCACAUUGUGUAGGGCGCAACCAUCGUUGUCCAGGGCCCUUUCCUCCUCAUCGUCGUCUUCGUUGCAGGAGCUGGCGAUAGAAGCGGUGCCGAGGGAGUUCACGGGCAGGAGAGUCGCGGCUCGCGAGAGGGCGCAAGGGAGGAUCCCGGCCGUGAUCUUCGAGCGCAAUAACUCCUUCCCCGUCUCCCGCAAGCGCCUCAUCACCGCCGAUCGAAACCACAUCCUCACCCUCCUCGGCUCCGUCGAGGAGCCCUUCUUCCUCUCCCGCACCUUCGACCUCCGCAUCCUCGCCGGCCCCGGCUCUUCUCAUGUGCUCGAAUCUGGCACCGUUUUGCCCAUCAAGGUUCAUCGUAAUUCUGAAACGGGGGAGAUCCUGAACUUGGUGCUUGUAUGGGCGAUGGAUGGUGGCGAGUUGGAGGUCGAUGUGCCGAUCGUUUUCAAUGGCGCGAGCGAUUGCCCUGGCAUUAAGAAAGGAUGUGGCCGUCAGCUGGGAAGCCGUGGUUCAACUCUCCUGAGCAUUACUACUUGCAGAAGGUGAAGCAUGGGUUUGGGGAUGUACGCUAAGGGCUUUUUUGUGGUGUUGCAUAUGUGCUUAUAUGCCAAGUGCCAAAACCAACAUUGGGAGCGUGAUGUAGCCGUGUAGCCUGUGUUUUGACCUUGGCAACCAAACCCAGGUUAACUUUAAAUACCAAAACUAACAUAGCAAGCGUGGUGUAAUUUCUUUGCACUUCUGGCAAGUGGCAACAAAACCCGGGUCACAGGUUAUUUGAUUAAACUUGUAUCAAGUAUAAUGCUGUAAAUGUAAUGACCAUGGUGAUAAUGUGUUUGUUUGAUUUU